UUUUUUUUUUUUUUUUAUCAUUUUGACUUCCUCUCUUACACUUUGCCUUGAUGUGGAGACGUAUGGAAUUACUCUCGAGAUCACUUGUGGACCGUGCGAGAUAGAGGCUGAAAUGAUCAUCGAGCGGCCCUACCGCAAUCACAAUUACCUAGCCUCUAGGAUCAUGGAUGGGACUAUUUAAAGUUGACCGUUACUCAGGCUUGUCGAUGUCCAUGAUUAUCUUUAUAUGUAGGUAUUAACCUGGCUCUCCCGUAGUACAGCCUAUACUAGCGACUCAGUUUCCCCUACCUCCCGCAGCCACGGAAGAUCUGAUAGGGAUCGCAGAUCGCUCAUAGAUGGUGCAGAAUCGAUUGAUCUCUUGAUAGGUAUCAAGGAUCACUUAGUUACCUAGUCUUCUGGUUUCGUCUCUACUUCUACCCUUAGGGUAUAAGCAAAAGCUCAGUGAAGAGCCAUCAAUUGCUCAGAUUGCAAGUCUGCGUAUUGACUAGUAUCAUAUCCGCAACUUUCCGUGCUGCCAGGCAUCGUUCUGUGUGUGGAAGGUAUCAAAAGAAGACAGAUACAUGAACUUGUGGCCAGUCAGCAUAUAGACCCCAGUCAGCGACAAUGCCACCAUUCGCUCAAAGUAAAUGUUGCUCGCCACCUGCAAAGCGAUUUGUUAAUUUUGAAUGCGGGCUCGCAUCUAUUCCUCGAGAUCUGACACUUCGAAGCACAAGACACUAUCGGGAGGCUGAACUGUGGUGGUCACGAAUGAAGCCACGUCUUUUGUCCACUGUAUGUUUCUUUAUUGCAGUGCAAAGUCUUCGAGCAGAGAAUCGUAUAAGAGCGACCAGGACAGCAGUCGUUUACUUAACUCAAUCAAGACGAAAAGGGAGAAAAAAGCUCGGGUGCGCACAGUUGCCCGCUGUCAAAGGAUCUGAUCGCGAAAAAUGUACUGGUACUCUAUAUAUAGAUGACAGGACGGGCCAUACCGAAUCGCGAGCGCCUUUUUCAGUAGCACCGAUCAAGGCGCCCACAACGCCAAAACUGGUGGAGAAAAAUAAUAAUAUGGUAACACUGAUGCUACUUUAUCAUUAUUCUGGUAGCUGAGCAAAGU